AUGACUUGCGUGAAUUCCACCUUUCUCUGGUGUCCGCUCGUGGCCCCGAUGGCCGCCUGCGGCCGCGGUUUGGGAGUCGCCUUGCGCAAACGCGUCCCACACGUGUGCAUCCGAAAGGCGCACUCAUCAUUCUUUGCACCGUUAGUUUUUCCUACUUCUCAGCAGAUGAAUGGUGUAAAUAGUACCUACCUUAGAAAUACUCAAAAGACUGAACGGGAUGACGUCAAGCAAACGAUGAAAAUCCCCCAGAGAUUUGCCCUCGCGACGACGCACGGCGUCGUUGCAGGCGAAUCAGCGGCUGCGCGGGCGGUGAUCGAGAGGCCCCGGCGGGUGCGCAGCGGCCGCCGCGCCCUCUGCGCCUUGAGCGCGCCCCGCACCCCCCGAGCCCGCGCACCACCCCCGCCCCGCCGUGUCGCCUCCCUCACACACGAGCGCGCAGGAAAAUUUUAUAAUAGGAAUGAGGGACGUUACAGACCGUCGGCCAACCGUGCGCGUACGCAGGGGGCGGCCACCCCGGCGCAAGGUCAUUCACCCGUGUCCCCCUCCCGCUCGCCCUCACAAUCACAGCCCUUUGUGAGUCUCGCUGAGGGCUACUCGGAGAGGGCAAGGACUCCAUUUCUUUGUUUUGAAAUGCCUUCUAAGUUAAGAGGGCUCGCUCACAGCGUCGGGCGGGGCGACAUCGAGUGGCAUUACGAGCAGCCAGCGCGAGCAGGCACGUCCCCGGCGCCGGCGCAGCGCCGCGCUCGCCGGCCGCUGGCGGCGCGCGCAGGGGUGGGCAGACCUCCGGUAACGGUGCCAAAACGCUUUAGACAUGUAAUAGAGAAGCACCAGUGUCCCAGCUGUCCACGCAAGGAUGCGCGGGCGACGCGCGUUUCUUUUAGAAAGUGGCACGUGUCGGGGUUGUUCACCCUACGCGAUCCGGGUCAGGCGCCGCGCCCCCCGCGCCCCGCACACCCGCGCUGCCCGCCCCCGCCGCGCCCGCACCAACCGGGUCAGCGGAUAAGACACUCCUCGGCGCGCCCACCAGCGCUAGCGCAGGACCACGCCGGCAAGACGCGCGGAACCGCGUGCGUGCGCAAAAAUAGAUAA